AUGAAUUCUUCAACUGUUCAUCUUCUUGAUUUACCUGAUGAAAUGCUUAUUGAAAUUUUCAAUAAACUUUCAACAGCCGAUGUACUCAAUUCGAUUUGGGGUGUUAAUCAACGACUAAAUCGACUAGCACGUGAUGCCAGACUCACACAAUCUAUUGAUUUAACAGCGGAACAAUCCUACGAUGAACGAUGUUCCAUGUCGACUGUGAUACUAGAUCGAUUAUGUUCACACGUAUUACCUCAAAUUCAUGACAAUAUCAAAUCUCUUCUUGUUGAACCGUCAUCAAUGCAACGGAUUCUUCGUGUGUGUGCUUAUCCUAAUAUUCAUCAAUUAACGUUGAGUUCAAUCGAAUCUAAAGAUUUUAUAAAGUAUUUAUCAGAUAAUUCACCUGUCUUACAUAUCUUUAAACAAAUUACACACCUUAACAUCUCUACUAUUGAAUAUUACAACAAUCGAUCACAAAUGAACUUAAAUACGAAAAUUUAUACACGUCUUUUUUCUGUCUGCCAGCGUUUGACUCAUUUGAAAAUCAACGGAAAACGUCUUAGAUCCUAUUCGUUGUUACCAGAAUAUGCUUUACCAUUAACCAUGUGUUCAUCAUCGACUAUAAUUAAAUUAGAAGUUAAUGUACGUACAAUAGACGAUUGUUUGCGUCUGCUUGAUGGACGUUUCAAUCAAAUGAAAAUUUUAAACGUUAUUAUUGAUUCUAUUGAUACUCCAUUAUUGAACAUUGAUAGUCAGUAUAUUCUACCUAAUUUAACAACAUUCUGCUUGACUACACGUAAUCCUACACAAGAAUAUGAUAAUGUUAUAGUCCCAUUGCUUCGACGAAUGGAGCAUUUAGAAACACUCAUGCUAUUUCUUCUCGUUGGAAAUCGACCAGAAUUUAUUGAUGAUGUUCAUCUUAGCGAAGAGAUACUUAUUCAUAUGCCACGGCUGGAAAAAUUUAUUUUUAAUAUCACAACAAUUGACGAUGUUGUCGAAAUCGACUACUGGCUUAAGAAAGAUGAUAUUGAAGAGACAAUGAUUUUCAAUGAUGGCCUUCCUUAUUUUCAAUGUCGUAUUGAUAUUUUUAAGAAUGGUAUUGGUCGAUGUCGUCUCUGUUCAAUUCCAUCCAUUGAAUCAUCUUAA